AUGGCUGUUAACAUACCAGGAGUGGUAGCGAUGGUGUUUUUCUACCUGCUGGUCCUUGGGACCGGCAUCUGGGCUUCUUUCAAGUCCAAAAGGGAACAGAAGAAAAGUUCAGCCACAGAAAUGGAGAUGACCCUGCUGGGGAACCGGAGCAUCAACCUGGUGGUGGGGGUCUUCACAAUGACAGCUACGUGGGUGGGAGGAGCCUUCAUUGUUGGAACAGCAGAGAUGGUGUACACGCCCUCUAUGGGACUAACCUGGGCCCUGGUGAUGAUGUCAGCAUACAGCUCAUGUUUAAUUCUUAUUGGCUUGGUGUUUGCAAAGCCAAUGAGAGACAGAAAGUGUGUGACGAUGCUGGACCCUUUUCAUGCCAAGUAUGGAAAAGCAGUAACAGUUGGAAUGAGCCUGGUUUCAAUUGUUUUGGAUCUGCUCUGGGUUCCCUCAAUACUAAUUGCUUUAGGAGGAACCAUGAGUGUGAUCCUGGAUUUGUCCUUCACUUUGUGCAUCUGGAUCUCUGCUGCUGUGGCCAUCACCUACACACUGCUGGGAGGUCUCUACUCUGUGGCCUACACAGAUAUUAUACAGCUUGUCCUUAUAUUCGUCAGCUUGUGGAUCUGUGUCCCCUUUGUGUUGAUGAACCCAUCCUCCUUGGACAUCAGCCAGACUCUGAAGAACAACACCUUACAUGCUCCCUGGAUUGGUCAACCACGGCUGGAAAAGGCCUGGAUAAUGAUUGAUGAAUUCCUAUUAAUUACGCUGGGGAGUUUGGGAUAUCAGUCUUUGCACCAGAGGACCUUGUCUGCAUCUUCCACAGCCAAUGCCAAGCUCACUUGCUUUGCUGCUGCUUUCAUCUUACCUAUACUCGGGAUACCAUCGAUGCUUGUUGGAGCAGCCGCUGCAUCUACAGACUGGAACCUCACUACCUAUGGUUCUCCAUCUCCAUAUGAACGUGGAGAAGCAGCUCUAGUUCUGCCCAUCACCCUGCAGCACCUCACUCCAUCUUUAGUCGCCAUUAUCGGUACUGGAAGUGUCGCUGCUGCUGUGAUGUCAUCAUGUGACUCUGCGUUGCUUUCUGCAGGUUCUGUCUUCACCUCCAACAUAUACAAGAACAUCCUGAGACCUCAGGCCUCAGACAGAGAGACUCAGUGGGUGAUCCGUGCUUCUGUGUUGGUCGUGGGCUUGGUUGGUUCAUCACUCAGCUACCUGAAAAACAGCAUCUUGUUGUUCUUGUUUAUUGGUUUGGAAGUCGCCUAUGUUGUAACAUUUCCUCAGCUUGUCUGCGUGCUCUUCUUCAACAUCUCCAAUGGUUACGGGGCUGUUAUGGGCUUUGUGGUUGGAGUCGUAGUCAGACUGCUCAGUGGAGACCCAUCACUAGGCUUAGCACCAGUCAUACACUUCCCAGGAUGCACUCUUGAGGACGGUGUUUAUGUCCAGUACUCUCCAGUUAAGACCAUCUCCAUGCUGUCUGCCAUUGCUGCCAUCUUGUUGUUCUCCUACCUGGCUUCUGUGCUCUUCAACAAAGGCCGGCUUCCUGAGAAGUGGGAUGUGUUCAAAGUGAAAGGGCAGAACUUACCACAACCACUGACACCAGUAGAUGGAGCCACAGAACACAGUGAGAAGGAUAAACUGAAGAGAAACAACGUUCAGACUGAGGAAUCAGAGCCAAUGAACACCACAAGCUGUUAGUGCUCCUGUGUUUACAGGCGAGAAUGAAUUUGUAGAGAGACAAAUGAGAUUGAGAAUGAGAAUGACGGUAUAACCCAUGUCAUUGUAUUGCUGUGCUACUACAUGAUGUUUAUUAUAUAUUGUGUUAAAUCGUUUAUGCAGCUUAGAAUCAUUUAGUUUAGUCAUGAAGUGUGAUGGGGUGCUUUGUUUUUCAUAAUAAAAUUUACAAAGGAAAUACACUGCCAUUUAAAAUAAAUGUGAUGUUAUUCAAACAGUGAUGCAAACCUAAUCAUGAUUAAAGUAAAAUAAAAUGUUGCCACUUAAGUAUCCAAAAGAGGCGGUCACACUGUAUUUCUGGUAAAGAUACUGUCUUCAAUGUAUAUUUUUGACCACUAGAUGGAUACAUAAAUCUACAACUAUUCAGUGAUGCUUAAUAAAAGUCUGCUUUGCAAUUUAACUUUUGUUUAACCCUCUGCAGGAUACUACAUAUAUUAUUCUCAUUUGCAAUCAAUGUUAUGUUAUUG